AAGACCGCCUCUCCACCUCGGAUGAGCCGCAGACCAUCGGGGAGCAGAGCACGGUGGGACCAGAGGGUGGUUCGGAUUUUACUGAGCAGGACACGGACUGAAGUUCUUCGGGCCAGAGAGACCAAGCCUAGCGACACCUAACAUGGCCACCGCAAGCACCUCAGGGCAAAGCCCCUUUGGCCUGGGCAGGAGGAAACGUCACCCAGGUAUCCUGGACCAGAUUGGCAGGUUCUUUGGAGGAGACAAGAGAAGGAAGGGCAAGGGGUCAUUCCGGGCCCACCUGUCUGCCUCUCCGCAAAGGCCCCUGCACUCCUCUGCCCGCCGCCGUGGGCACGACAAUGCUGUGGUCCAUUUCUUCAAAAGCAUUGUGUCCCCACCUCGUCCUAAAUCCAGGUGGAGAGGACUGUCUGCCAAAUUAGGCUGGGGGGACCGCAGGUCCUCGCCAGCGCGCUUCUACGAGGUCGCAAAGUCGCCCCUCAAAGGACGCCGUGGGGCCGAUGGUCAGGGGACAUUCUCCAAACUCUUCAAACUGUGAUGAUAGCCCAGUUAUCAUCAGGGAUCAGGAGGACGCCGAUCCCGAUCGCCGUCCAAACGCUGACGUCCCACCUCAAGAUCCAACCUCAACCCAACAAGCGGUUGAUAGUAAAGAGAAGCAAAGAAUUCCAAAAAAGAUCGACGUGGAAGACUGACACCUCAGCCGGCUUGUAACGCACUAAAAGCAGCUUGCCUUGCUAUAUAGACAGCCACGCGGUAGUGCUAAAACACCGCAUGGCUGAAGUCUACAUGCAUUCAUCCUCAAACGAGAACUGUUUUUGAAUUCUUUGAUGGUACCCUCAUAAGCUCAGGCUUUGGGGAUUUUUUUUUCCUCCUCUUCUCAACUUUUUCCUUCUUUUGUGGCUUUGACUUGUUGGAUACUAAACGUUGUCGAUGUCCUGUGGUGUCUUGUUUACUCGGGACAAUUUCGAGGCUAACCUUUUUUUUUGACUCCCUCUCGGAAUACCCAAGUCGACUGUCCGUCCGUCGUCAGAAUAAAACAUUUGUCUGUCUAUAUGUGCGAAUGAAAGGUACCCGUCAGGCAUGUGUCGAGUAGGAUGCGUGGCCUUGGAAAGUGAGGAGCGUCAAGCUGGGGUAUCUUCUGAUGGUUGUGAAGGCUCUCGUGGCAAUGUGCCAUUUUAACAGACCUGCUUAAUACAUUAAUGGUUAUCAUUUUGGUGCUGUUGUUAAAGAGUAGUAGAUAUAAAUGCCCUUCUGAAAUGCACUGUACUACUGAAAUAACGAUUUAUGGUUUGCUAGUACAGUUGGGUUAGCUAUUGAGUGAUCAGUACUAUUUAGCUCUUUAUUACACUGUAAAUCUUUUAUUCAUUCUGUCCUUCCAUUUACAUGACUAGAAAAACUGCCAAAAAAUUGUAGUGUCUGUGUAGUUUUCACACACCUCUCCUUUGGUCCGUUAACCGUUUCCAACUGUUUAAUGUCUCUGUGUCCGCAAAUCUUUCGAAGGACAGUUUGUAGAUUAGAAGGAGGGUCUGUGGGAAGUUGUCGAGGGAGCUGGGGAAGCUGAGAGAGGAUGUCGUACUGCAUGUUUUGCUGCGCUGUGGCUGAAGUUUGUAUCUCCAGACAUUUAUUUUUAUCACCACGUGUGUAAAACAAGUAAUCCCAUGUACUCCAUCCCUUCCUGACAUGUGCAUGUUCCCUGUGAAGGAAUGUACGUUAUAGACCGAAAAUCUCACCCCUUAAAUGAAAAUAAACUAUGCAUUUGAAAAUUAAUAAUAAAAAAAAUUCUGUGCUUCGUGAUA